GAAGUGAUUGUUGAGAUCAUGUGAUGUGAUAAGUAAACACAAGGGCAAAAUCAACCCACUAGACCACGACAUAGGUUUCAGUUGAAAGACCACUAAUUAGAGCUGAGUAGUUUCAAGUAUCAAUGGCCGGUAAGGAUGUGAGAACACUAGGUGACCUCGGUGACCUGCUCAAGCCACAAGAAGACAGGUGUCGCUUCUAUAAAGUUAACUCACUAGACAGCUCAACAAUAGUAGCUGUAUAUCAAGUGAGACUGGAACCGAGUGGGGAGGUAUAUCGAGAUAGAUCAGAUUCAGAUAAGGAGCACGCCGAGCUAGAUGCCAUUAAGAAGAUAAAAAAAUGGCUUGAUGAGAGGAAUGUAACUGGACAAACAACAAUCAGUCUCACCACGAUGGCUACAUAUAGCCCUUGCUUAGAGUGUCAAUCUGCAAUACUGGACAUGCUCGUGGAUUGGGAAGAGAGGCUUAAGCUUACUGUCAACUACAAGCUCCGCAUUGGCUACCUGUAUCAUGGAAAACCACCCCAAAGCGAUGGAGCAAUUAGAGAACAACUGGCUGACUGGAAAUGGAAUAUGAAAGACAGGGGAGCCAACUUUACACUAGAACCAAUAGCAGUGUGGGAUGAACUACCAGUACCAAGUCUUGACACUCGUCAAGAGAACCCUGAAGACGUUAUACGUGAACGAAAAUUAUACGACUCUAAAAUUGCAGAUCAUGUUCAGAAAAUUAACGCUGCACCGAGACAAAUGAAAAUUGACAAAUACACAGAACCAAGAGCACUGAGACUACCUAAAAGUGAGCCUGACCUUUGUUGAGAUGAGCUGUACUGCCAUAGCUUCAUCCGUAACUCAGGGACAGUCUUACCAUCAUCUCUGCUCUCAACCUAGAGCAUAAUUAUUAGUUCACACAUUGUUUAGGUACAGUAGCAAUGUGAUUUUUUUUACUGUUGUUUCAAGCAAUAAUUAUAUAAUUUCUCGGUCACACACAUGUGUAACACAUGUAU